AUGAGUACCUUGGAAUCCAAAAUGGAGGAUACUAAAUACAAUCAGACUAUAAAUCAAAGACAUAAAUUGGACGUAGACUCUCUAAGUUCAAAAAAAAUUAAAAUCAUAGCAAUCAACGUUAAUUCAAUUCAAACUAACAAGAGGAGAUAUGAACUAACAUCCAGAAUACAGUUACACAACCCAGAUGUAAUCCUCAUAUCGGAAACCAAACUAAAUAAAUCACACAAAUUAACUCUACAAAAAUAUACAAUAAUCAGAACCGACAGACCAAAUAGCAAACAAGGUGGUGGAACAGCCAUUGCAAUAAGAAACAACAUCAAACACGAAGUAAUCUCUCAUCCUUCUUCAGUCAACAACAGCACGAUAGAAUUUACAAUAAUAAAGCUGCUUUCUUCAGAAGAUCAAAAUGGAAAAACCUUUAUUGUCAGCAUCUAUGCAACACCUGACAACAAAAAAGUUUUUAUAGAUGAAUUAAACAAUCUAUUCAUUAAACUCAAUUUAAGUAAUCCUAAUAAUUCAUUUAUUAUAGCAGGAGAUCUCAACUCAAGAAGAAUAGAUUGGGGAGACUCAUCAACCAAUGAGAGAGGAAAAUACCUCAUAAGAUGGGAAAAAGAAUUAGCUCUAAGAUAUCAAACAAAAAUUUUUGCUACUAAUGGUCCAUCCUACACGCCAAACAACUCAUAUCUAGACUGCUGUAUCACAAACCUCACCAUUUGUGACCUUACAAACAACAAAAUUCAGACAGUUGACUAUGAUAGUGACCACAGGGCACUUCUAUUUACGGUCCAGCUCAGAUCAACCAUCCAGCUCAAGCAAGUAAUCAAAAAAUUUAAUUUCAAAGCAACUAAUUGGUCUCGAUUUUCUAAAUUUUUAGCUAAGAAUUGUAAUCCGUCACCGCCAGACGACAGAAACUUAUCAAGCACAGAAAUUGACUAUUUAGUAGAAACCACAACAAAAUCAAUUAGAGAAGCAAUAGUUUCAACAGUUCCACAAUUUAAAAAACAAGACGAAGAACUUAGAAAAGAAUUUAGCAAAUCAAUUACCUGCUACUGGAGCAACCAACUUAGACAAGUCAACCACCGAGACCCAAAUGCCUUUUUCCCAAAAAUUAAUAGAAUGUUGAGACCCAAACAGAACAUUGAAAUAGCCAAUCAAAUAAUAAACUCAGACUCAGACCUAAUCACUAAUGAAACAGUGCAAGUGAACAAUGCUUUCUCAGACCCAAUUACUAACACAACAACAAUAACCAAUCCAAUAGACAAGCUAAAUGUAAUUGGUAAACACUACCAAAAAAUCAACUCUCCAAGAUACCUAAACAUCGGUACACCAUUAAAAAAUAUAAUAGAUCAUACGGUCAAUAACAUGAAAAAGAAACUAGAAAAUGCUGAGAAGACUGGCACAUCGUUAACAAUAUUUGACCAAAAUAAUAAAGCAUCCUUCUCGAAAAAUGAAGAAGAUUGUCAACUAAGUUUCUGUAACACUUUCACGCUAAAGAAGAUUCUCCAAAAACUUCCAAACAAAUCAUCGAGUGGUCCAGAUGAGUUACCAUCAAUCGUACUUAAGCAUCUUCCUGAUAACCUAAUACAUACAAUUACUAUUUUAUUCAACAACGCACUAAAUAACGCCUACUUCCCAAAGGCCUGGAAAGAAGCAAAAGUUAUACCAUUGUUGAAAAAAAACAAAGAUCCAACUAAACCAGUCAGCUACAGACCUAUCAGCCUCACCAGCAACCUGGGAAAAGUCUUUGAAAUCCACAUAAAUAAAGUCAUCACCAAAGUCUGUGAAAAUAAUAAAAUCAUUCCAGAUCAGCAAUAUGGAUUCAAAAAAAGACAUUCCACAGUGCAUGCUGCACAUGUAGUUACUGAUAUCCUGCAAGGCAUCCAUCACAAUGAAUUGAUAGCAGCAGUACUCAUAGAUCUUGAAAAGGCAUUUGAUUCGGUGUGGCUGAAUGGUCUCAUUUACACGCUCAUGAAGUCCAAUUUUAGUGAAUGGCUAAUUUUUCUAUUCUAUAACAUGCUUCAUGGCAAAUCAUUUAGGACCUGGGAUGGUAGCAAUCUAUCAACACUUCUAUUCUCAAUAGAAGAGGGUCUUCAGCAGGGCACGGUCAACUCACCAAUAUUUUUCAACAUAAACACCGGGCGAAUUUUGAAAAUGUUUGGACUUAAUACUACAGUCGACAGAUUUGGCAAAGCAUUUGCUGAUGACUUUAUUGCAUACUUAAUCGGUACCAACCCAGUGAGGCUAAGAGAUGAAUUGAGUGAACUACUGAACAAUAUCAACAAAGUAUAUCAACAAUGGAAUCUCCGGAAAACAGAUUGCGGAUUUUCAACUACAAAACACCCUGACACAAAAGAGCUCAUUAACGUCCCACAUAAAAAUGAAGUCAAGUAUCUUGGUUUCCAUUUUGACCACCUGAUGAAAUUAAAUUCACAUAUCAUCAAACAACUUGACAAAGCAAAAAAAGACUUUCAAGCAAACAGCAGGAUUUUUUACUCCAAACACCUAUACCCGAAAGCCAAGAUUAUUUGCUACCAACUACUAAUUAGACCAAUUUUAACAUAUGGAUCGCCUGUUUGGUGGAAUAUCAACGCCGCAACUAUGGAAAAGAUGAGGGCUUUUGAACGCAAAUGCCUAAGAGCUUGCUGCAGCCAAUACAGAUCGAGAGAGUCCAACUUCAAAAAGUUCAUCAGCAACAAACAGCUAUAUGACCUAGCGAACAUCCCUAGGAUAGAUAAUUUUAUUAUUAAGCUAAAUAGAGAUUACUUUUGCAAUCUACGAGACAUUGAAAAUAGUGACUUAAAACUAAUUAACGACAUGGAUCCAAUCAAAGGAGAAAAAUAUAAUUCUUCAGGUUAUAUUUUCCCUCACAUGUUUAUACACUAUGACAGACUAGACUUAAUUCAAAACCACAAUAACAUACCAAUUGUAUAUCAUUACACAAGACGUAGCAAUGACAAAAGAAUUAACUAUACGGCCGAUUGUUUUACAAAUGAAAGACAUAACUUUAAUUAUUCUACUGACAUACCAUUAAGAGACCAAUUAGACUUCACAAGAUUGAACGACAAAUACUGGUGGUUAGCUGAGGAAACACCACACAGAAAGCAUCUUAGAAAAAGAUUAAAAACUGGCUGGACAGCCAUUUACUAA